AUGGCAAGAGUGAAGCAGAAGGUGGCCAAAAAGGGUGCUGCUGGCGCCUCAACCCGAGGUAGCCAGGUAGCAAAGCAGAAGAGACACAAGGUUGCAAUUGGAGGGGAUCCCCAAGAGAAGAAACUGCCCACAGUGGUAAGACCAGAAAAGUUUCGUCGAGGCCAUAUUGCCAGUGCUUAUAACCGGGAUAAGAUAUCAUUCCAAGAGCGUCCCCCGCCUGGAUACACUUUCAUCCCCGCCGGAAACCCUGAGCUCACCAGCGCAUUGAAAGAGUUCGCUCGCCGUGGCGACCACAAGAUCUACGCCGUGACGGUCACCCCACAUGCUGCGCGUCAUGAAUUGUCGAGGGAGGUACAUCGUGUUGGCUUCCAUUUCCCUACAAGAGUUGUCGACCAAGUUUGUGCUCACUACGGCAUCCGCCUGAAUAAUGAAGGAAAGGUCGUCGACGAGUCGAACGACGAAUCCUUUUUCAGCAAAGUGUAUCGCAACACGGACGGUCAACGCCCAGUAGAAGAGAAGGAUCAGAUCACCAUCAACACUGAUGCCAAACAGACCAUCAAAGAUUUGUUCCCCAACAUCCCCAACAAUGAUUUGUACCAGAUUAUUAAGACUGCAUUUCAGCUGGGCGAUCACAGGGUCGGUACCGCAAACGAACUUCCACUUGUCCGAAGAGCCCAGCUAUCCGUGGUUGCCCACAUCCGGCAUAACUACACCCAAUAUGACAAGUUGCUGAGGCAGAUGCCAUACAACGAGGCUCGUCAUAUGGUGGAAAAGGAGACACUCGUCAAGCUGGUUGAGUGGCGUGGGGGUGAAGACACCACUCUCGAGAACACCACAGGCGCCGCAGAUGAUCUUCUCAAAGAGGUCAUUGUCAUCUCUGACGAGGAGGCAUCUGAGAGCGACUCGGACAGCGUCGAACCUUUAGACCAACACCGUGUUCAGGUGGAAGAACUCCCAAGCACUUCCUAUGGUCCUGGCCUCGGUCGCGCCAUUUCGCCUUUGCCACAAUCACAGCCUGAACGCAUCUUGGACUAUCCACCCGCAGUUCGCAGCUACAGACCGUCUAACGCAGAAAUUGCUCGGCGCAAUCAAAGCAGAUAUGCCAUUUGGGAACAAGCUAAGCGAGACUAUCACUCCAACGUCGCUCAGGGACCAGUUGCCGUUCUUGAGAGGAUUUAUGAGCCUGAGCCAGCUCCAGGACCACGCAUGCUAGUGCCUCUUGACCCUCCCACGCACUCACCUGCCCAGGUAUUUCACACCCAAGCUCCUCCGGCAAGCAUAGCAAGAGCGGAUUACGAGCCACCAAUUCGAAGUCGUCAACCAAGUCCACCGACAUACAUCCGAGACGCAAAUGGUGUGUUGUAUGAACGCAUCGACACUAGGUCCCGAGCAAAUCAUGCAGACACCCCACCACACUUUCACAAAUAUCCGGCACCAACAAUGGCAGGAGCGCAAGUUAGAACCCGCCCUUCUUCACCUCAAGACUUCACCCGACGGGAGUCGCGCAAUAUAGAUUUCGAGAGAGGUGAUGGUACGGUACUACCAUCGAUCGAAGGACCCGAUGGAUCGUAUAUGUCUCCUCGCUUGCGACGAAACCCAUUUGAAACGCAUACUGAGCCUCGUGAAACUAACGCAGGACGGGAAGUUGGGCGCACGGCGAGGAAUGCUACCUAUAUUGACCUAACGCACAGCUCCAGCCAAACGCCUAAGAGACGUCGGUUGGACGAGGUGCAACCAGUCCAAGAACGCCACGUGAACAGAAGAGAGUCUCCUGGCAGGCUUGUUGACCGUCACUAUAUGCCUCAGCCAGUGGCUGCCCAUUCUGAAAUCCGCACGGCUGAUUAUGGUGAGCAUCGAUCAAGCCCACGUCUGCCACCGGGAAUUUCUACCCGGGAAGCUGCUUAUGCUGAUCGUCACCCCCUUUACGAUGCUCAUGAUUCUCCACAUUCUGUUGUACGUCUGUAUGAACCCUUACCUGCCACUCAUGAGCUUCGCGAGACGACCACGAUGCAGCGCCAAUAUCAUUCGCAAAACUACGCGGCCUCUAGCCACAAUGAGUUUGAGUCGAUCCGACCCACUCGGGAUCUGGGAAAACGACCAUUGCUUCCGUUAGGUCAAGUCUACGAGCCUAUUGGCGAGUCUCGCACAUAUGACAGCAGGAUUGCUAGGGAGCCGGAGAGGCUUGUCCGUGAACAAUAUGUGCAACCUAUCGUGCAAGAGCCUCGUGUACGGUACAUUUACCCUGAUGGAUCGAAUGGUCGUGAACCUCUACAACCUUUGCCUCCACAGCGUUUACCCGAGUAUGAUCGGGCAACAGCGGCUCUGCAUUCGUAUGCACGCUGA